GCCACAAGCCUUUCCGCCUCCCCAGCCUGCCUAGGUGCUGGGAGCUGGGAGCUGGAUUAUGGUGGCCUGAGCAGCCGACGCAGCCGUAGGAGCCCGGAGUCCCUGUCGGUCCCCAAGCUGCAAAGCCCGCCUGGAAGACCCCGAAAGCUACGGGCUCGGAUAGCCAUGCCCGCCCCUCCCAGCCCCACAAGGGGCCCGAUCCCCCCGCUGGCGGCCGGCGUCCAGAUGUAGCUGGGUCCCCUGGAUCGCCAUCGUCGUCUCCUCUCGUGCGCUACGGAUUUCUCCUGCCCACUCUCCGCCGCCUGGACCGGGAACUGAGCGAGGGGCCUGCAGACUCUGCAGUCCUGAUGCCGCCGAGGCCGCUCUCCUGAGAGAAGCCACCACCACCCAGACUUAGGGGCAGGCAAGAGGGACAGUCACCAACCGGACCACAAGGCCCGGGCUCACUAUGGCCCCAGCGCUGCACUGGCUCCUGCUAUGGGUGGGCUCGGGAAUGCUGCCUGCCCAGGGAACCCAUCUCGGCAUCCGGCUGCCCCUUCGCAGCGGCCUGGCAGGGCCACCCCUGGGCCUGAGGCUGCCCCGGGAGACCGACGAGGAAUCGGAGGAGCCUGGCCGGAGAGGCAGCUUUGUGGAGAUGGUGGACAACCUGAGGGGAAAGUCCGGCCAGGGCUACUAUGUGGAGAUGACCGUAGGCAGCCCCCCACAGACGCUCAACAUCCUGGUGGACACGGGCAGUAGUAACUUUGCAGUGGGGGCUGCCCCACACCCUUUCCUGCAUCGCUACUACCAGAGGCAGCUGUCCAGCACAUAUCGAGACCUCCGAAAGGGUGUGUAUGUGCCCUACACCCAGGGCAAGUGGGAGGGGGAACUGGGCACCGACCUGGUGAGCAUCCCUCAUGGCCCCAACGUCACUGUGCGUGCCAACAUUGCUGCCAUCACUGAAUCGGACAAGUUCUUCAUCAAUGGUUCCAACUGGGAGGGCAUCCUAGGGCUGGCCUAUGCUGAGAUUGCCAGGCCCGACGACUCUUUGGAGCCCUUCUUUGACUCCCUGGUGAAGCAGACCCACAUUCCCAACAUCUUUUCCCUGCAGCUCUGUGGCGCUGGCUUCCCCCUCAACCAGACCGAGGCACUGGCCUCGGUGGGAGGGAGCAUGAUCAUUGGUGGUAUCGACCACUCGCUAUACACGGGCAGUCUCUGGUACACACCCAUCCGGCGGGAGUGGUAUUAUGAAGUGAUCAUUGUACGUGUGGAAAUCAAUGGUCAAGAUCUCAAGAUGGACUGCAAGGAGUACAACUACGACAAGAGCAUUGUGGACAGUGGGACCACCAACCUUCGCUUGCCCAAGAAAGUAUUUGAAGCUGCCGUCAAGUCCAUCAAGGCAGCCUCCUCGACGGAGAAGUUCCCGGAUGGCUUUUGGCUAGGGGAGCAGCUGGUGUGCUGGCAAGCAGGCACGACCCCUUGGAACAUUUUCCCAGUCAUUUCACUUUACCUCAUGGGUGAAGUCACCAAUCAGUCCUUCCGCAUCACCAUCCUUCCUCAGCAAUACCUACGGCCGGUGGAGGACGUGGCCACGUCCCAAGACGACUGUUACAAGUUCGCUGUCUCACAGUCAUCCACGGGCACUGUUAUGGGAGCCGUCAUCAUGGAAGGUUUCUAUGUCGUCUUCGAUCGAGCCCGAAAGCGAAUUGGCUUUGCUGUCAGCGCUUGCCAUGUGCACGAUGAGUUCAGGACGGCGGCAGUGGAAGGUCCGUUUGUUACGGCAGACAUGGAAGACUGUGGCUACAACAUUCCCCAGACAGAUGAGUCAACACUUAUGACCAUAGCCUAUGUCAUGGCGGCCAUCUGCGCCCUCUUCAUGUUGCCACUCUGCCUCAUGGUAUGUCAGUGGCGCUGCCUGCGUUGCCUGCGCCACCAGCACGAUGACUUUGCUGAUGACAUCUCCCUGCUCAAGUAAGGAGGCCCGUGGGCAGAUGAUGGAGACGCCCCUGGACCACAUCUGGGUGGUUCCCUUUGGUCACAUGAGUUGGAGCUAUGGAUGGUACCUGUGGCCAGAGCACCUCAGGACCCUCACCAACCUGCCAAUGCUUCUGGCGUGACAGAACAGAGAAAUCAGGCAAGCUGGAUUACAGGGCUUGCACCUGUAGGACACAGGAGAGGGAAGGAAGCAGCGUUCUGGUGGCAGGAAUAUCCUUAGACACCACAAACUUGAGUUGGAAAUUUUGCUGCUUGAAGCUUCAGCCCUGACCCUCUGCCCAGCAUCCUUUAGAGUCUCCAACCUAAAGUAUUCUUUAUGUCCUUCCAGAAGUACUGGCGUCAUACUCAGGCUACCCGGCAUGUGUCCCUGUGGUACCCUGGCAGAGAAAGGGCCAAUCUCAUUCCCUGCUGGCCAAAGUCAGCAGAAGAAAGUGAAGUUUGCCAGUUGCUUUAGUGAUAGGGACUGCAGACUCAAGCCUACACUGGUACAAAGACUGCGUCUUGAGAUAAACAAGAACCUAUGCGAUGCGAAUGUUUAUACUCCUGGGGGCAGUCAAGAUGAGGAGACAGGAUAGGAUAGAGACAGGAAGGAGAUGGUAGCAAAACUGGGAAAGGCAGAACUCUGAUCACUUUCUAGUUCCAAGUUUAGACUCAUCUCCAAGACAGAAGCCCAUCUGGACUAAGAGGUAUCAUUCCCCAAUGUGCCUGUGGUUGUAGUCUGAACUGAAAUGAAAUGGGGGAAAAAGGGCUUAUUAGCCAAAGAGCUCUUUUUAACACUCUUAGAGGAACAGUGCUCAUGAGAAAAGUCCCACUGGACAGAUGAAUUCCUAUCUUGUUAAUUCUGUCUCUCUCUGCUUCUUCAACAUGCUAAGUGGCACCAAAAUGACCCAACCCCAAGGUCUUAGGUGCCCUAUGGGACAACAGUUAGAAUAUUGUAGGGCUAGGGAUGGUCUUCCCAGCAUAGGUUCACUCCAACCAAGGUGCUAAAAGGAACAGACAGGAGAGUCCUCCUCUCUGAUCCACAAAGGCAGAGCCCUCAAGAUUCAUCCAGCAGGGUUAGGGCUGAUGCAUUUGCCUCUGCCUGGAUUUUGUUUUUAUUUUCUUUCUUUUUGCCCAGUGGUACAAAACGAUAAGCUCUUUAUGGAAUACUGAGUGGGUUCAUUCCUCUCUUGCCCUCUCCAAUGGCCCCUCUAUUUAUCUGGCUAAGGAAACACCACGCAUUGGCUAGUAUUAAACAGCAACUGUAAGAUAGAGGGCUUUCUGUUCUAUGUCAUUGCCUUCAGUAUCAAGGCUGCCUGGAGAAAGGAUGGCAGCCUCAGGGCUUCCUUACUUUCUUCUCCUUUCCUGACAGAGCAGCCUUUCUGUCCUGCUCUCUGCUGCCCCUCCCAAUAUAAUCCAUGGGUACCCAGGCUGGUUCUUGGGCUAGGUUGUGGGGGCCACACUCACCUCUUCCCUGCCAGUUCUAACACGACAGACAUGAAGCCAGUGUUAGUGGGAAGAGCUGGGUUUUCCCAGGAUGACCACUGCAUCCUCUCCUGGUACGCUCUACACUGCUUUCAGGCUGGGGACCUGCCAAGUGUGGGACAGUUGAUGAGGAAGAGACAUUAGCAGGGCCUCUGGAGUUGCUGGCCCAGCCAGCUGCCCACAAGCCAUAAACCAAUAAAAUAAGAAUCCUGCGUCACAGUUUCCAGCUGGGUCCUCUUCCUUGCCCUCGCACUGGUGCUGCUCUGGCUGAGUAGGAAUACACCCACAGACUGCCAGGAAGAUGGAGACUGUCCGCUUCCGGCUCAGAACUACAGUGUAAUUAAGCUUCCAGGAUCACUACCAUGAAAACGCCGCAUUCUGCUUUAUCAUUUCUACCCAUGUUGGGAAAAACUGGCUUUUUCCCCAUUUCUUUACAGGGCAAAAAAAAAAAAAAAAAAAGGGAGAGAGAGAGAGAACUCAACCUAGUUGUUAUUUACCCUAGUAACUGGUGUUCUAUUUUUUUUUAAAGGGGGAAAAUUUGCAUUUAUUUUUCUUUUGAUGGUUAACUCCUUUGUAUCAUAAAAUUAUGAACUCUGAUAUGUAAAACAGAAAAAAAUCUUGACAACAGCUUCUCGCUUGUAAAAAUAUGUAUUAUACAGCUCUAUUUUCAAAGUCUCCUGAAAAAUGACUGACCUAUCUCCACUGUAUGUGGGGCUUUGCUACCGUCUGUAUGAACGGAGGCCCAGUGGGCAGAGGUGAUACAAACAGGCAUGGCAGACUCUGAGUGUUUUUCUGACUGUUUCUCUGCAAAGAUAGAGCCACAGUGAUGAGGCUCCAACUGUGGAGGUCCACUCUCCAAAAUGCUGCCUUUCUGGGGCUCGCUCUGAGAGACAGCUUGGCCCCAUCAUUCCUGCUUUUUUUCUUCUCUACUCUUUUGGCUUCUAAGAUUUUUUUUUAAAAGAAAAGUAGUUUUUUUCUUACUUUCUUUUUUCCUUUCUGUCUUCUUUUUGUCUGUCUGUCUUUCUCUUUUCUUUUCUUUGACAGCAUCUCAUGUAGAUCAGGCUGGCCUCAAACUUGUAGCAACGUUCCUGCCUUUGCCUCCUGAGUGCUAGGAUUACAGGUGUGUGCCACAACUCCUCCUCGAUAGAAACCGUGUGUGUGUGUGUGUGUGUGUGUGUGUGUGUGUGUGUGUGUGUGUGUGUGUGUGUGUGUGUGUGUGAUUACAUGCGUGUCUGUAGGGGAAGGGGCCAGGAGGAUGAGAUAUGGUCUCAUGUAGCUCAGGCUAGCCUUGAACUCCUGACCCUCCUGUGUGUCCACCUCCCAUAUGCCAUGAUUACAGGCUUGUGCCACUAUGUUUAACUAAACACAACAUUCUUUAUGCUCACUUUCAAUGUACAGUUUUCAGGUGACAGUGAGGUACUACAUAGCUAGUGCUGGAUGCUGCACAGUUGAAGGGAGAGAGCAAUCUUAAGACAGAAAAUGAAUGAAUGAAUCUGCCACAUGAAAUAAACAAAGGAAGUAGACUUCCAUUUUGCCACCUUUUUCUGUUCAAGUAGUACCAAACUGGAGACAAGAAGACAGAAGUACUUCAUUAACCAAAGAAAGGAGGUCACCUGACCUCUAAAAAGGAAGACUCAGGCCAUUCCCCCUUAAAGAUUUUAAGGUAACCCUGGGAAGUCCACCCCUAAUCAUGCUUAUCAAUCAACCUGGACAAUAAGGCAAGAGAAAAGAAUUCAUCCAUGAGCUCAUAGGCAAGGCAGAGAAAAACAAGAGAAUUUAGUUAGCUCAGAAAGGACAAAGUCUUUGCUAUCCUAACAGAAACUGCUAGACUCAAUAAGCACCCCCAGUCCCAGGAUGGGAAAACAUCAAUUGUCAGUAGCAUGUUACCCUUCCCCCAGAUGCAUUUUUUCUCAAUUAACACUUGUUUAAUUCUGAAAAAAGAAGGUAAUUAAAACCAUUUCCUGUAGGAGUAAAGAUAAAGAUUGGGAAAGACUCAAGGUUCUCAGAGCCACAGCUGUCUCAGACAUAAAAACCAGAAGAACUCAGUAAGUGGCGGUGGCAAACCUAUCUUCCUCCAGAUGGGAAUCCACAAAGCAUAGCUUACAACUGUACCACCUUCCUUCAUCUCACUGUCUCCACUGUAUUCUAGACAGGGAAUGUAUCCUUCAUAGCGUUCUUGAUUGAUAAAUGAAGUCCAACAUCCCACGAUUAUUCUGCAAGUAAUUUUGCACAGACAUCUCACCCCAGUGCCUGUCUGGAGCUCACCUAAGGUCACCAAAUCACUUGGUGGUGAACCAAUUGCCUUAACCUUUGGGGGGAGGGGAUAGCUAGAUUAGGAAACCAGAGGAAUGGAAGGGUGAGCACUUUGCAAGCCUGGCUGGUCAGUGCUUAGUGGAGGCUAAACCAGUAGCAACAAGGGAUGGUGGCUUGGCCCAGGGGAAAAAUCUGUGAAUUGUGCUUUUCUAUCUAGAAAGCAGAGUAGACAGAAGAUGGUGGGAGAAAUGGAACCUGAUUUUGUUGUUCUUGGACUGUGGAUUUUACUGACAUAAAACAGAAUAUCCUGUAUACCUGAUAUCAAUGUAUAAAUAAUGAGGAUUAACACAGUAAAAUGUUCAAU